GCCCCCGGGCAGGGGCGGGAGUGGUGGAGGGCCGGUGGUUGGCUGUGAAAGGGGCGGUGAGCGAGGUUCUCUGGUCGCAAGGCGAGGCUUGGCCUCCCCAGCAGAGACGGGGAGAAGCGGCGGCGGCAGCGGCGGCCCUUGGGCCGGCUGGUGAGGCGAUGGCGGCGCCAGCCCCGGGGCCUGGGGGAGCCUCCGGCGGGGCUGUCUGUAGCGGUGGCGGCGGCGCGGUCGGCGGUUCGGGCUCAGGGUCUGCGGGGGCAGGGGGCCGGCUGCCUAGCCGGGUGCUGGAAUUGGUGUUCUCCUACCUGGAGCUGUCCGAGCUGCGAAGCUGCGCCCUGGUGUGCAAGCACUGGUACCGCUGCCUGCACGGUGAUGAGAACAGCGAGGUGUGGCGGAGCCUUUGCGCCCGCAGCCUGGCAGAAGAGGCUCUACGCACGGACAUCCUCUGCAACCUGCCCAGCUACAAGGCCAAGGUACGUGCUUUCCAACAUGCCUUCAGCACUAAUGACUGCUCCAGGAAUGUCUACAUUAAGAAAAAUGGCUUUACUUUACAUCGAAACCCCAUUGCCCAGAGUACUGAUGGUGCAAGGACCAAGAUUGGUUUCAGUGAGGGCCGCCAUGCAUGGGAAGUAUGGUGGGAAGGCCCUCUGGGCACUGUGGCAGUGAUUGGAAUUGCCACAAAACGGGCCCCCAUGCAGUGCCAAGGUUAUGUGGCAUUACUGGGUAGUGAUGACCAGAGCUGGGGCUGGAAUCUGGUGGACAAUAAUCUACUGCAUAACGGAGAAGUCAAUGGCAGUUUUCCACAAUGCAACAAUGCACCAAAAUAUCAGAUAGGAGAAAGAAUCCGCGUCAUCUUAGACAUGGAAGAUAAGACUUUAGCUUUUGAACGUGGAUAUGAGUUCCUGGGGGUUGCCUUUAGAGGACUUCCAAAAGUCUGCUUAUAUCCAGCAGUUUCUGCUGUAUAUGGCAACACAGAAGUGACUUUGGUUUACCUUGGAAAACCUUUGGAUGGAUGACAGUGGCUUUCUUGGGAUGAAAGACAGAAUGGAGGAGAUACCUACUUGUGGAAAGUAGAAUCAUGAAGUGACAGUGUCAUACAUGCAUGCCCAAGAAACAUCCUGAAAAACACAUGAAAUUGUUAACUGGAGAAGCAACUCUAUGGCAGAGAUUAUCUUAGUGUUUCCUCUUUGUACUGGGCUAGAAAAAUCCUCAGGGUUGCAGUUGGUUGAGUGGGCAGUAGACAUAUGCAUGUUGCAACAGAUUUUGUCUCUAAGUUAGCAAUGUGUCAUUACCAACUUUUAAGGUGAGAUUUUAGAGAUGCUAUAAAAGGGAUAAGAUAAGGAAAUAGCAAGAUUUUUAAGUAGUGUGUUUGUGAAGAAAGACUGAUCCUGUUUUACAACUGCCUGUUUUUUCUCCAGACCCUUUUUUCCAGCCAGCUUGACUAUUAGAAAAGUAUGAAACUGGUUGGGUUUUAUUUAAUAUUUUUAAUAUAUUGAGAAGCAUGGUCUGCCUGGACUGCACUUCUCUAACAAUGAGAUGUAAAAUUGUGCAGCUAUUUUAAAAGUUGUAUGUAUAAUAAGUGUGUAAAAAAACUAAAAAAAAGGACAAAGGGGUUGCUUUGUUCUAGUUCAAUUUCUUAAAAACCACUACAUGGUACAAAAUUACAGUAACAUUUAGGGAAAAUUAGGUAACUACAAAGAAGAGGAUUUUAAGAGGAGAUGUGUUGUAUUGGCUCAUUUUUACAUUAAUUUGGUUUAUAGUUUCCAUAGCUGUUACAGUCUAGUAUUUUUUCUUUUAACAAUCAAAAUUAUUGUAUAGACCCCUCGAUCUCCUGGUUUAAGAUUGAGGGAAGGCAAAUCUAUUUCUAAUCAUACAUAUGUCAGUAGUAAUAAUAAUAAUGUGCAUCUUAUAGUGUCGGUUUUAUUUUUUGGCCCUUUGAGAAAGUAUCUCAUAAUAAUACAGAACAUUGCCAUUUGCUCUUAUAGGCCUCAAAUAUGAAAGCUGUUAGUCACAGACCUUCAGAAAAGAAUGAAUGGUCCUUUUAUUUUGUAACUUUAUAAUGCUGUAGAUACUACAAUUUUUUUUUUUAAUUUUAUAUUGUUUACAUCAUGGCAACAAAUCUAAGCCUCAGACUCUUCAUUGGGGUUAUCAAGAAAUGUUUACUCACCCAUCUGAAACAGUGCCAGCCUGAACCCAGGUUAAGAAUGUUCUUAAUCUCAUUAUAGAUAAUUGCCCCCAUGGGACUUGAAAUAAAAUACCUUGCGCUGAAAACUUCAGGUUGGCAAUAUUUUGAAGAUUUCCUUGUAGAAGAGCUUGACAUUAAUCCUCUUCUUAGUUUUUGACUCAUAAAUCCGAUUUCACUAAUAUUCUUGAAUUAACAAUCUAACAUACACGAGCUGAGAUUUUUUAUUGUAAGAGAAACAAACAUCUUUCUGUAUGAAAGUAUAACUAUGGUUUCAGAUACAUCUUUGUGAUAAGACUUGGCUAAGGCAGGUGGUUCUUUGCUUUUCAGCUUACUGCUGUGUGUAAUUUUGUUUUAAAUCUAAUCAAGUUAGGGACAAUAAGCAGCUUGCUGGGGUUUUUGGCUUGCUCCUCAAGAGUUAAGAUUAUCAAUACUUUUAUGAAACAGGAUUUCAGUGAUGAGCAAAGAUUUAUUUUUGCCACCUGACAGGUUCACAAAUUUUUAUUGCGUAUUUGGUAUGUUGCUUAAAGGUGAACUCUGUUAAUGAUCUUUUCAAUAUACACGUCAAGAAGAAACCUCCUGGAAACCAUAUUUAAUAGUACAUAGUGAAAUUAUAUGUUAAAAGUGUUAGAGAAUAUAGCUGCUACAGAAAUUGAUUUUUCUUGGUGUAGAAGAACUCAAUUUGGCAAAGUUUAAAAAUUGAAGAAAAGAGGUUUAGGAUGAAGGUUGAUAAAUGAUAAAACAAUAAAGUCCCUUAUGUACUUUAUUGUUUUUUUUCAGGGUGUGAUAUAGCUAAUUCUAAGAGCAUUUGCUGAGAGUUUUGCUUAUAAUUUUCGUUUUGUCUUAUUAGUGUAAUAUUCAUUUAAUACUCAUUUGUAACAAAGUUUUGAAGGUGCUGAAUGGAAAACAGAAACACGUGGUUAUUGCACACUGAACCUAGAAUCAAAUAAUUGUGUCAAUAUUGAACAAAAAGCCAUUCUUAUCUCAAAGACUUAAAUUCUCUAAUGUGCUAUUUGCAAAUUUUAUAAAAUGAAGGUUCAUACUUAGAAUGAGCAUCAGGGGAAUGAAGAGCUUAUAACCUGAUAAAUUAUUUUAUUACUGGAGACCAAUAGUAGUUGUACAGAGAAUAUUAAACUGUUAACAAUGUUUAAGGAAAAGGAAUCUCUUUCAUUGGUGCUGAGAGAGCAUUCAGGUAGAAGACAGUUGCACCUGAAGGUUAAGUAUAAAUCAUCUAGACCAGUAGCUCUCAAACUUAGCUGUGCUUUGGAGUCGUGUGCAUUUUGAAAAAUAUUGUUCCUUGGGUCCCAUACCCUAAAAUUCUGAUGUUGGUCUGGGAUACGACAUGAUCAUAAGGAUUUUUUAAAACUUCCUAGGUGAUUUCAGUAUGCUGCUAAGUUUGAGUUUUAAAUUCACCUUAAGUCUUCUCAUCUGCAAAAUUAAAAAAAAAAAA